AAUUAAGAUUUUGCAUCUUGUUUAAAAAUUACUGAGUUUAAACCUUAAUCGACGCCUAAACAACUUGUUGUAAUGCUUGAUUUAGCAUAAUGUUAAAACAUUACUUGAAGGCAUGCUGCAUUCAGUAAUAGAAUCUUUUUAAAUGAUGACAUAUCUGCAUACGCAAGCUAUUUUGUCCUUUUCGAGGUUAAUUACAUUCCCCUAGUCAGUCAUCUCUAAAGUAAUUCAAUUUUGGCUUCUCGACUCUUCAAUCAUUUGUCUCCACACUCACUAUUCUAACUAUAUAUCACAGUCCCAUUUCCCUCCUCCUCCACCCACAAAAGAAGCUCUAGAGGUCUAGUCUAGUACAGUCUCAUGGAAUUAAACCCAGCUCCGGUUGAAAUCUUCUUCUUCCCCUUCGUCGGAGGCGGCCACCAAAUCCCCAUGAUAGACAUGGCCAGAACAUUCGCCUCCCAUGGCGUAAAAGCCACCAUCAUCGCCACCCCAAACCACGCACUCUCCUUUGAAAGCUCCAUCCGCCGUGACCAAAACUCCGGCUGCCCAAUCUCCAUCCACACCCUCCAAUUACCCGGCGACCUAGACAUAUCCGACGUCGACAUGUCCGCCUCCCCCCAAACCGACACCUCCAUGCUCCAAGAACCCUUGACUAACCUGCUACGACAAACCAGACCCGACUGCAUUGUCCACGAUAUGUUCCAUCGGUGGGCACCCGAGGCUAUCGAUGAUCUUGGAAUCCCGAGAAUCGUGUUUAAUGGCAGCAGUUGCUUCGCUCGCUGCGUGAUUGAGAGUCUGAGCAAGUACAAGCCACAGGAGGAAGUGGGUUCGGAUUUCAAGCCUUUUGUGGUUCCGGGUCUACCGGACCCGAUCGUGUUGACAAGAUCUCAACUUCCGGUGUUUAGGAAAAAGCCAGGAGGCCAAAUAGGAAAACCAGAGGAGAAGAGUUUUGGGGUUUUGGUUAAUAGUUUCCACGAGCUAGAGCUUGAAUAUGCGGACCAUUUGAAGAGAGAAACGAAUAAGAAAACAUGGCUUGUUGGCCCGGUUUCUGUAAACAACAGAACCGUCGCCGAUAAAACAGAGAGAGGGAAAAAAACUUCAACCGACGAACAAACAAUUCUCAGCUGGCUCGAUGGAAAAUCACUCAACUCGGUUCUUUACAUAAGUUUCGGUAGCUUAGCUCGCUUAGCUCUCGAUCAACUCACCGAACUCGCUCACGGGCUCGAGGCUUCGGACCACCCUUUCAUCUGGGUGGUCGGCAAAAUCUUCAAAUCCGCCGGAAAAGAAAACAACGAUGAAGAGAACUUUUUUCCCGCCGGAUUCGAAGAGAAAAUGAAAGAAUCCAAUAAGGGGUUAAUAAUACGAGGAUGGGCGCCGCAGCUGUUGAUCUUAGAACACGAAUCGGUCGGCGGAUUCAUGACUCAUUGCGGGUGGAACUCGACACUGGAGGGAGUUUGUGCCGGAGUGCCAAUGAUCACGUGGCCGAUCACGGCGGAGCAGUUCAUGAACGAGAAGCUGAUAACUGACGUGCUGAGGACUGGAGUGAAGGUGGGGAACUUAGAAUGGCUUUCGUGGGACACAGAACCGCGGACAGUUGUCGGACGGGAGAAGGUGAAGGCGGCAGUGGAGAGGCUAAUGGAUGGUGGAGAGAAGGCGGUUGGGAUGAGGACGAGGGCCGGGGAGCUCGCGGAGAAGGCCAAGAGAGCUGUUGAAGAAGGUGGGUCGUCGUGGAAUGAUGCUGUCAAUCUCAUCGGCGAGCUCGAGUCUUGCAGGAAAUCUGCGAAUUGAAGAAUGUCCCCUCUUGGAGAAGUCGUUUGUUAGUUAUCAUUAUAAAUUAAAUA